UGAAAUUAUUUUUAUAGUGCAUAAAAUUUUAAAAAUUACUUGCGUAACAAAUUAGCCAAAUACGUCUCAGUUUGCCAGCAAACGAUAGCUACUUUUUUGUUUUUGGAAAAAUAAAAUAAAAUGUGGUCCCACUUAGAACGUGGGAGUUCACCAGUGGAUUGGUGUGAAUCGAAUUACUCUAUUUCACCAUUGAUAGCCGAAUUCGUGAACACCGUGAGCAAUGUCCUGUUCUUCCUGCUCCCACCAGUACUGAUACAUUUGUUUCAAGAAUAUGCCAAAUUUGUAAAUCCAGCAAUCAAUAUCCUUUGGGUCCUCCUCAUGAUUGUCGGAAUUAGUUCAGCAUACUUUCAUGCUACACUGAGCUUAGUUGGUCAAUUGUUGGAUGAACUAGCUAUAUUGUGGGUUUUCAUGGCAGCAUUUGCAAUGUUUUUGCCAAGAAGAUAUUUCCCAAAGUUUCUCAGGGGAAACAGGAGGGUGUUGGCCUUCUACUCGAGUGUGGUCUCGGUGAUGUCGACGGGCUUUCUGGUUAUGCAUCCAGCUGCUAAUGCCUUCGCCCUUAUGACCUUGGCUUUUCCCGCUAUCGGAUUCUUGUACAAGGAGCUGACUAGAGUGAAAUGCGCUCGGGUCUACCGGCUUGGCUUGCGCUGCGUCGCCGUAAGCUUUCUCGCCAAAUUCUGCUGGAUCAUAGACAGACUAUUCUGCGAUGCGUGGCUCUCCAUCAACUUCCCCUACUUCCAUGGUCUAUGGCAUAUCCUUAUCUUCAUAGCGAGUUACACGGCCCUAGUGCUCUUCGCUUAUUUUCACGUUUCCGAAGAACGACCCGAACAAAAACCAUUACUCAGAUACUGGCCUAGGAACGAUUUCGAACUAGGCAUACCUUAUAUUACGUUCAAACAUCCUUGCAAAAAUGACAAAGGGCACGCUAUAUAAAUCUUUUAUGUUUAACAUUUAAUUUAUGUGAUUCGAUUCGAUCUCCACAUUUAUGAAAAAGCGAUAGAGUAUUUAAAUAUAUAUACACAUAUGUAUAUAUGUUGUAUAAUAGGUUGAUUUAUUUGAGUGCAUUUAUGUAGUCGCUUAAAUCGUGACAGGUGC